CUCGCCACUGUCGCAUUGCUUGCUCUUGGGGAAUUAUUAGAAUUCUUUCAUGGUCCUGUUGUUUGACUUGAAGACACUGGUUGUCGCAGUGUGUAUUCUUAUAUUAAGGUACAAGGAAGAUCCUGGUCUUAUACGUAGACAGGAAUCAUUUACUGUAAUGGGGCUGUUAAAGCCUCCGGCACGACCCAACCACCGCACCUCAAAAAAUGUCAACAUAGUCAUCAUUAUUAUUUCUCUGAUUCCUCUAGUGUUCCUGGUGAUCGUUUUAAGCAUGCUGCUGUCCGAGGCUGAGCAUUCCCUCCAAAUUCGAAAGUUGUGGUGUGUGCUGCUCAUCUUUGUCCUCGUGCUGACACUGGUCCUCGCUGUCGUUAUCAUCUGGAGACAGCCACAGAGCACAAUUAAAGCUGCUUUCAUGGUUCCCAGUCUCCCUGUAAUUCCAGUUUUAAGUAUCUUCAUCAACACUUACAUGAUGGUUCAGUUGGAUGGAGAAAUUUGGAUUAGCUAUGCUGUCUGGAUGGCAGUAGGCUUGAUCAUUUACUUUGGCUACGGGGUUCGUCAUAGUGUCCAAAAACAAAGGCUCCAGGAGGCUCGCACCCAACAAGAUGUUGUAAACAGUAUUGUUGCUGCUGCUUGAUGUGUAUUGAAUUGUGUGACGUGUUGCUGUCCACUUAACAUGGAAUAAGCUGGCUACAGAAUAUGGUCAAUUUUAGAAUUUUAUUCAGGUUUCAGCCAGAGUUGAAUUGAGCUGUUCCUUUGAUACUUGUUUUUAUGCUAACAAUUGCCUUGAUAUAAAGUAUGCUAACAGUAUUAUGUCUUAUGUGUGUAGUCAUAUCCAUUAUGUCUUAUCAGUCUUUCAAGACUAUGCAAUCUUGGAUAUUGUUGUUUUAAUGUGUUUAUCUAGAAAAAUGACAAAACGUUUUUAAAAUAUUGUGGGGGUCAUUUAAAUCAGUAA